AUGGCAGACGACGAGCCCAAAAGCAUACGGUCGCUGUUCCUCUCCGCGGAACGCUUGCGCAACAAUCUCAACAGCUUCCCCGAUUCCAAUAGUCCCACCUACCAGGAAAACCUCACCAAGGCCAUCGCCACCUACGAAUCAUGCCUCGAGCUCUCAGAACAAGUCGCACUCUUCUCUCCAAACGAAUCCCUUGACGACAUCUCAUCGUCAGACAUACAGUACAUGUCCACAAGCUACCACCUUUCGGAGCUCAUCCAAAAGAUCCGAAGUGAAAAUGUCUCAGAGCGCAAAGCAAACCUAUUAAGAGCAAGGGACCACUACGAGCGUUUCUUCAAGCUGCUCGACACCUACGACGUGCUCAGCGCCAGCGACGCCAAGCUCUGGGAACUCUACCUCGACGACAAGUCCAGCUUCUCCGUAGCCAGCACGCGGGACGCAGCCGCGCGGCGUGAGGCUAAGAUCGCGCGCUUCCGCGAGGAGAAGGAGCUCAAGCGCAAGAUCGAGUACAUUCAGGCUAACCCCAAGCUGGCCGAGAACGACGAGCAGGUCGUCCGCGAGCUGCAUCUGACCAACAUAGCGUUCAUGGUGCACCAGGCAUUCGCAGCGCUCGAGAGCCUCGCGCAGGAGCUGCAUAUUAUUUCCUUGGCCCCGACAAGCCCGCUGCAGGGCGAGCGGGCGGCACCGCAGGAUGGUAGGGAGGAUGAGCGCAACCGUGAUAAGUACUCCGAGCGCCUUGAUAGCCAGCUUCCUGGUCUGAGGUAUAGCGGGCCUAUCUUGAGCAGUGAUGGAAAGCCGAUGAGGCCGUUUACGCUGCUUGACACUAGACAACGUCUGCAGCAGGGCGUGUUCAGACCGGAUCACAGCCUACCCACUAUGACUAUUGACGAGUACCUGGAGGAAGAGAAGAGGAGGGGCGGUAUUAUCGAGGGAGGCGGCGAGCAGUCCGGAAUCCGACCGGAGGUGGACGAGGAUGACCUACGACUGGCGGAUGAGGAGACGAUGAAGGCACGUGCGUGGGACGAGUUCAAGGAGGAUAACCCCAAGGGGAGCGGCAACACCAUAAACAGAGGAUAA